AUGCAUAAAGAUCUAUCUAUCUAUCUAUCUAUCUAUCUAUCUAUCUAUCUAUUGGCCUGCUUGAUAUUGAAAGUGACGCUGUACAGGUAUUAUUUCUAUCUCUACACCGUUUCUAUCUAUCUACUUAUCUGUCUAUCUAUCUAUCUAUGGCUUUUCACUGUCUCUUUCUUUUACUUUCUUUCUUUCUUUCUUUCUAUCUAUCUAUUCGUAUCUCUCUAUCUGAGACUUUUUGUUUGUAUCUAUCUAUCUAUCUAUCUAUCUAUCUAUCUAUCUAUCUAUCUAUCUAUCUAUCUAUCUAUUAGCCUUCUCCUCUUUCUUUCUUUAUUUCUAUCUAUCUAUCUAUCUAUCUAUCUAUCUAUCUAUCUAUCUAUCUAUCUAUCUAUCUAUCUAUCUAUCCUUCUUAUCUAUCUAUCUAUCUAUCUAUCUAUCUAUCUAUCUAUCUAUCUGUCUGUCUGUCUGUUCAUAUCUAUCUAUCUAUCUAUCUAUCUAUCUAUCUAUCUAUCUAUCUAUCUAUCUGUCUGUUUGUCUGUUCAUAUCUAUCUAUCUAUCUGUCUGUCUGUCUCUCUGUUCAUAUCUAUCUAUCUGUUCAUAUCUAUCUAUCUAUCUAUCUAUCUAUCUAUCUAUCUAUCUGUCUGUCUGUCUGUCUGUCUGUUCAUAUCUAUCUAUCUAUCUAUUUAUCUGUCUGUCUGUCUGUUCAUAUCUAUCUAUCUAUCUAUCUAUCUGUCUGUCUGUUCAUAUCUAUCUAUCUAUCAAUUUUUUACCAGAUUCUAUCUAAAUCUUUCCCAUGAUUUAUCUAUUUAUUUCCCAUUAUCUAUCGAUCUCAAUCUGUCCAUUAUCUAUCUAUCUAUCUAUCUAUCUAUCUAUCUAUCUAUCUAUCUAUCUAUCUGUUCACAUCUAUCUUUUCACAUCUAUCUUUUCACAUCUAUCUAUCUACGUAUCUAUCUAUCUCAGUAUACAAGUAUCUAUCAACCUGUCUAA